AUGUCACCCACUGAGGACAAGACUGGCGCGGACGGUUCCGCCGAGCUCAACUUUGGAGAUGCUAUCGAUAUGAACACGUUUGACCAGAUCCUGGAAAUGGACGACCCUGGAAACGAUGAUUUCAGUUCGUCAAUCGUCUUUGGCUUCUUCACCCAAGCACAAGAAACCUUUGACAAUAUGGACACGGCUCUAACACAGAAAGACCUGAAGACUUUAUCGGAACUCGGUCACUUCCUCAAGGGCUCGUCUGCUACAUUAGGGCUAGUAAAAGUCAGAGAUGGCUGUGAGAAAAUCCAGCGUUAUGGAAAGAACGAGAAUCUAGACGGGUCUUCAGAACCCGACUCUGAGUUAUGUCUCAAGCGAAUUACGGAGGCCCUGGUGACCGUCAAGGCGGACUAUCAAGACGUCGAGGGGAAACUAAAGGCAUACUAUGCCAAGGAUGACGAGGCUUGA